UCCUUCGAGUGUGUCGCUGCCCGUUCGACACAUCUAAUGAUACGGAUAAGAGAAGCGUGUUUUAUCGGGUGUCUCAGACAGUUCAUUGCAGCACUGCAUGUGUCGUUUCCGUCCUUCCAUCCAUCUCCUAUUCGCAGCCAUCCAUCCAAAGAGGGUAUGCAGUGUUGGGCGAUCGCGCUCAUCAUUCCUGGUUUCUUCACCGUCGUCGAGGCGAAUGCGAGGAAUCGUCGAUCCUGGGGAGUGGGAGAGCUGGCGUGGAUGCAGCCGGAAGGAGGAAUUUUGGGGAAAGUUGGACAAUACAUUUUCGAAAGCGGGGAAGACAUCAAGCUCUUCUGCACUUUGACGGAAGCUGGGUUAUCCGAAGGACUCUUUACGUCUGACCUCAGAUUCGAGACACCCUCUAAUGACGUCGUAAAACCAAACUUUUGGUUGAAUGACAAGACAGUGUCUUUACUCAUUGCUAAUGCAACCACGGGAGAUUCCGGUCGGUACGAAUGCGGGAAUGUUUCCAACGAUGAGAACGUUGCCUUGUUUGACACCGUAACCUUAGAAAUUGGCUAUCCGCGGUUGAAAUCUUGGCGUUGUUGGUCGAUGCAGCUGGAACUACUCCAUUGCAACUGGUCGAGAACGGAUAAUCUCUUUGAGACGAAAUACACUUUCUACAUCCAGACCGAUGGGACGAAGAUGACAGAAUGCCGGCAGGAGGACCCUGCUCAAGAAGAAUGCGAGGCGAGGAAAGGCCAGACUCCUCCUUAUCGUCCCGGUGAGACAGAAAUGAACAUCAAAGUGAAAGCCCGGAAUGUGCUCGGGAAUCGAACUUUCACUUAUCCCUUCGAUCACUACCGGAACAUUAAGAUCGAGGCAUUGGAGAAUGUUGCCGUGAAGACAGUGGACGCGGAGACGCUGAACGUCACCUGGGAUCUCCCGGCUGGUUUACAUCGCUUCAACGUCCCUGUUCUCCAUAACAUCCAAUUGGUACCUCAACAAUCGGCAGAAGAGCUCAAUUCCUCUAAUGUAAAUUACACCAUCCCUGGAGCUUCGAAUCGGAAGUCCUGGAACUACACAUUCACAGACCAAACGCCGAACACUAUGUAUGAUGUCACGAUCAAGGCAAUCGUAGCAGAUGCGGAAUUCCCGGAUCUCUGGUCUAAUAAUUCGACAGCCAGCAGCAAAACUCUGCCGAAAGCACCAGACAGGAGUCCAGAAAUGCCAUUGGGGAGCUUCCAUGUAGAUCGGAUUGAUGAUGGCUUCAGGAAUAUUUACCUUUACUGGAUCCCUCUGAAAGACUGGGAGCAUUAUUCCGACAACUUCAGCUAUCUGGUAGAGGGUCGGGAAAUCCAAACAAACGAAGUGGUCCAGCCAAAUAUGGUGAAGUACGCGUCUGCCGUCUUCGGGAACCUAAGCACGGAGUCUGCCUAUAAUUUCUCCAUCGUUUCCAGUAACGAAAUGGGAAAAUCUCCUCUACUGUCCAUCAUUGAAGUUUAUGAGGAAACGAACCGAAUUCCUUGCCCUACGAUCCAUAGAGACAGCCCAACGAAUGACGGGAGAUACUUGCUGGAAUGGAAGGCAUCCGAAGAACGGAAAAUAGAGAAUUUCACCGUGUUUUGGUGCCGUUCCCCGACUCCCUGGCCCGUCUGUGAUACGGGCAUCGACUGGGAGGUCGUUUCCAAGGACAAAACCACUUUCGAGUGGAAGUCAGUCGAACCUCUCAAAUUUGCUGUGUCGGCCAAUGGAGAAUCCGGACACAGUGGACUGUGCUGGGAGAGGGCCAAGGUCGAGCGAGAAUUAGGUUAUGUCCCUGCGUCAAUACUGACGAUCACCGUCCUGAUCAUGGUGGCACUAUUUGCAUCAGCUGCGCUGUGUGGGAAGAGGUUAUGGAAGCAGUUUCGCAAAAUUGGGGAUGUCGACAUAAUACUGCCGCAGGAUUUUCUUGACAUAACUCAGAAGGAGCCUGGCGAACCACCAAAUCAAGGUAUUCCAUACAAAUCUGACCGGGGAAACCAUGGCAUUAAUGAAUAUACGCCUGGCAGUCCCACAAUCAAGACAUCAAGCCCGGUUCAGGAAUACGAGGAAAUGCGAUGGCUCUCGGAAAGGCCAAAAUAUUGGAACGUCCACGAAGGGCAAUUGUGCCCCGCAACCAGUCAAGGGAGAUGUCUUUACGUCAGCAUUGACCACGAGGAUGAAGAAGAAUCGGCUGACGGAGAAUGCGAUGAAGAUAGUAGGAACUUGGAUGAUGAUUUUGAGAAGUACCUCGUGGAUUAUGAGAAACUCAUGAAACCUCUCGGGAUCGUCAAGACGGUGACAGAGAAGGAAAUGCUGAACCCUGGUUAUGUUAAAGCUAGUGUGUUGUCCGCCCAAGAUGAGAAAAACAAUUGUUUCAUCUUGAACAAAGGACUAGGGAUGAUUCCCCCAGAAACAAACCAGGAACACGAUGAGGAAUCUCUGCAAAUCAGUCGCAUUUUUGAAGGGGAGGCCUCCCCAGCGAGGACCCAGAAAAGUAAAAAUAGGCUUGAAAAUGCCACAGAUGAAAGUAAUAAAUCUGGGAGUGAACAUCAAUUGUGUGCAGCCCUUCAGGUGGUUAAGCAGAUGCACGAGGAAGAUGAAGAGACGGCUAAGCCCAUAUUGCCAGCCUCAAGCAGGAUAAAUUCGCUGUCAGACUUGGGGAGAGAAGGAUCAUCAAUUUGCUUGAGGCAACCACAAAGAAGAUGGGGAACAGAGUCAAACAUCAUGGCAGACAAUGAAAAAGAUGUUGUGCAGUCUCUUAUUUGGAGCUCGAAACCUGGAUCCGUCUCAGAUAUACCAUCAACAUACCACAAAGCUGGAAUACAGGAAAAGGAAUAUACUCCGGGCAGUCCCACAACCAAAACAUCAUGCCCGAGUCAAGAAUACAAGGAAAUGCGAUGGCUCUCGGGAAAUCCAGAAUAUUGGGUCGCCUGCGAAGGACAUUUGUGCCCCAUACCAUGUCAAGGACGAAAUCGUUACCUCAGUAUUGACCUCGACAAGGCGGCGACAGAGAAAGAAAAGCUGAGCCCCGGUUACGUUAAUGCCAGUGUGUUGUCCGCCCAGGACGAAAAAACCAAUCGUCUCAGCUUAAACAUAGGAUUGGGGAAAAUUCCCCAGGAAACAAACCAGGAACACGAUUAGGAAUCUCUGAAAAUCAGCCGCAUAUUCGAAAGGGAGGCCUACUCAGCGAGGACCU